CUAAGAAAAGCUGCAGAAUAGUGAGGGGGGAAAAGUGCAAAUGCAAGGCGCUAGCGAAGAUCUCUGUUACCACCCGUUCCAUGAGGCGCAGCAGAUAGGCUUGUGGUUGAGUUUUCCGCUGUUCUGAGUGGUCGUCAUUAUCAAUCAUUAUCAUCGUCAUUAUAAUCAUCAUCGGUCAUCGUCAUUAGCCAGCCGUCAGCCAGCCAGCCAGCCUUGAGGUGACUCUGCCGCAUUAGCUUCCUCUCGAUCUCGAUCUCUUGGAAUUCCAUCGCACACCCACACAGUUCAGUCAUGUCAUCGACCGCCGGCAAGCGCAAGGAGAUCUACAAAUAUCUCGCACCAUGGCCGCUGUACUCCAUGAACUGGAGCGUCCGGCCGGACAAACGUUUCCGGCUCGCCCUGGGCAGCUUCAUUGAGGAGUACAACAACAAGGUGCAGAUCAUCAGCCUGGACGAGGACACCAGCGAAUUUAGUGCCAAGAGCACCUUUGACCAUCCAUAUCCAACGACCAAGAUCAUGUGGAUACCCGACUCCAAGGGCGUCUAUCCUGACCUGCUGGCCACCAGUGGCGAUUAUUUGCGCGUGUGGCGUGCCGGCGAACCGGACACACGGCUGGAGUGUGUGCUAAAUAACAACAAGAACAGCGACUUUUGCGCACCGCUCACCUCGUUCGAUUGGAAUGAGGUGGACCCGAAUCUGGUGGGCACCUCCUCGAUCGAUACCACCUGCACCAUAUGGGGCUUGGAGACAGGACAGCCGCAUGCCCGGGUCUAUGUGGCGGGACAUGUGAAGACACAGCUGAUAGCCCAUGACAAGGAGGUGUACGACAUAGCCUUCUCGCGGGCAGGCGGUGGCCGGGAUAUGUUUGCCUCGGUGGGGGCCGAUGGAUCCGUGCGCAUGUUUGAUUUGCGGCAUUUGGAGCACUCGACCAUUAUAUAUGAGGAUCCAGCACACACGGCGCUCCUGCGGUUGGCCUGGAAUAAACAGGAUCCGAACUAUUUAGCCACUGUUGCCAUGGACUCGUGCGAAGUUAUUAUUUUAGAUGUUCGUGUUCCUUGUACACCCGUUGCAAGACUGAGCAAUCACAGAGCGUGCGUCAACGGUAUUGCGUGGGCGCCGCAUAGUUCCUGUCACAUAUGCACUGCCGGUGAUGAUCACCAAGCACUGAUCUGGGAUAUACAACAAAUGCCACGCGCAAUCGAGGAUCCAAUUUUAGCCUAUACAGCUGCCGAGGGCGAAGUCAAUCAGAUCCAAUGGGGCGCCACACAGCCCGACUGGAUAGCCAUUUGCUACAACAAAGCGUGCGAGAUCCUCAGGGUUUAAGAGUCAAUUUUUAUUUAUUUAUAUAUGUAUUUUAAUUUCUCCCCCCUCUGUGUCGGCUGAGUAACGCACACAGAACCCACACACCGCGAACACAUAGACACCUCUUUGCUGUUGUUUAUCCUCCUUUUUUUCCUUAGAAGAAGUUGAGCUUGAGUUUCAUUUUCGUUGUGUCUUGUGGAGAGUAGGGAGGAGGAGCAUGAGGCAGGUUAGGGAGAUGGCAAAGGCGACGGAGCAUGUAUUUUAGAGACAUCUUAGCUUAGUACACACACACACACACAAGUAUAUAUAUAUAUAAGUCUAAAGGUAUAACCAAACUAUGUAUUUCUAUAAUUAUGCAUGUAGUUUAUUUCACACACUGACAACGGCAACAAAGGAAAAACAAAAGAAAAGCUAAUGAACCCCGCAGAAUCGAUUUGAGGCGCUCCUUUAAUUUAUUUUAAACAAAAAGAUUUCAGAAACAAUGAUCCUACCUCGUUUUUUGUAA